AAAAUCAUUGGUAUAACUUUUUUAAUAUUAUUAUUAUUUACUGAUAUUAAGCAAAUAAUUAAUAAAAUUAAACAAUUUUUUAAUAAAUAAAAUAAAAAAAUCCAACGCUUUUUUUAAUAAAUAUAUAUAUCUAAUUUUGCUUUUAAAAUAAAUUAAAAAAAAUAUUAAAAAAUGAAUUUUCAAAAUAUAAAUAAAUGGUCAACAAGAUGGCUUUUUUCAACAAAUCAUAAAGAUAUUGGAACUUUAUAUUUAAUUUUUAGUGCUUUUGCUGGUGUUGUAGGUACAACACUAUCUCUUUUAAUUAGAAUGGAAUUAGCACAACCUGGUAAUCAAAUUUUUAUGGGUAAUCAUCAAUUAUAUAAUGUUGUUGUUACAGCACAUGCUUUUAUUAUGGUAUUUUUUUUAGUUAUGCCUGCUUUAAUUGGUGGGUUUGGUAACUGGUUUGUACCUUUAAUGAUAGGUGCUCCUGAUAUGGCAUUUCCUCG